UCUGGGGGAUAUUUUGUUGUGAUUUGUGUAAAUAAAAUAGUGAGUAGAAAUAAGUUAUUAAGAAAGAAUAAUGUCUGAUUCGGAAAUAUGGAUCUUCAACGGCUUGUGCCGCUGUUGCCACGCGGACGGCAAGUUUCAGAGCCUAGACGAAACAUAUAAUACGCUUGGAGUCGACGAAAACUUCGGUCAGAUACUUCGUGAAACUUUUCAAAUAAAUAUUGAGCCGUUGUCGGGUGAGCUGGCAGUGGACACAUACAGCAUCUGUCCUCCGUGUGUGUAUCGAUUAAGAGAUGCAUCACUGUUCAAAAAACAAGUUUUAGAGUUAGAGAAGAAACUAUGGUCUUGUAUGGAAGAAGAUAUCCCAGUUAAAGAAUGUGAAACAGACUCCAAAGUUAUAGUUGAAAUGCAGUCUAUUGGAUGUUCUGAUGAUAUUAUAAAUGAAGAAGACCUUAAAGAAGAGUACCUAGAAACUGAGGGUAGUAUAGAAGAAGAAGUUGUAAUAACGUACACAGAUGAUAACGUGACGUGUGAUGAACUCAACCAGACUAUUCCAAAGCGAGCGAAAGAAAAAAUCUACUGCGAAGUUUGUAAUAAAGAGUUUUUGAACAAGGGCUCCUUAGACCUCCAUAUGAAGAAGCAUACUGGUGACCCUGCAUUCUCUUGUGCGUUAUGUGGCAUCGGAUUCCACCAUAACCGUGCUUACUCCAAACACAUAGACUCAGAACACCGUAAAAACGACCAUUAUGUCUGCAGCAUCUGUGAUAAACGGUACACCAAGGCUCAACUGUUCAAAACCCACAUAAAAAUUCACUUAGACGUCAUAUACAAGUGUGAUUUCUGUUCAAAAGAGUAUCCGAGAGAAAAGAGUUUGAAAGAACACAUAAAAGUGCACUCCGAAGAACGAUACGACUGUGCUAUUUGUAACAAAUCCUUCGCACAGAAGUACAGAUUGAGGUUACAUCUAGCAUCGCAUUCUAGUGAUCGUCCGUACAUUUGUGAAUUAUGUGGACAGACGUUUCCGCAGGCAGGGAAUUUAAAAAGGCAUAUGAAGUUCAAGCAUUCAGACGAUAAAACAUUCUAUCAGUGUCAAGUGUGCGGCAAGAAAUUUGUGACCAAUUGGUAUUUGAAUAUCCAUGAAAAAGUGCAUACGGGUGAAGAUGAGAAACCGUUUUCUUGUGAAGUGUGUUUCAAGUGUUUUAAGUCAACUCAUUUGUUACGGAGCCAUAUGAAAGUGCAUACUGGUGAGAAACCGUACACUUGUAGUUACUGUGGGAAAAGAUUUGCGCAUCUAACAUCGUUUACCUCUCACGAACGAAGGCACACAGGUGAGAAACCUUAUAAGUGUAAACUGUGUGACAAAGCCUUUGCAAAUGGUACGAACUUGAAGGUUCAUCAGAGGGUGCAUACUGGAGAAAAACCGUAUUCUUGUAUGAUUUGUGACAGACGUUUCUCCGAGAGCACGCACCGCAAACGGCACAUGCGCCUGCACACAGGCGAGAAAGCCACGUGCCAUAUCUGUCACGCGCAGAUAAGUAACCUUUCCGCACACGUCAAGAAAAUGCACCCGGAACAGUGGCAGCCGGUGCGAAGCCCUAUAGAGAGGAUAGCGGGGGUCACGGAUGGUGUGAAGGAUGAAGCGACGGUUUGAGCGAGGCGAUGGCUGGUAGUCUGAGAGAAAGGUUCGUUUAAGCGAGUUGAUGGCUGAUUAGACUCGAGUUAGAUAGGGCAUCGAGAGGAUAGCGGGAGUCACGAACGAUAGCGUGAAGAGUGAAUGAGCCAUAGACUCGCUAAAACCAGCCAUUGGCUCACUAAAACCAGCCAUUGAAUCGCUUAAGUCAGCUGAUACCGUCUCGCUGAAACCAGUCAUUGGCUCUUUAAAACCAGCCAUUGACUCGCUGAAAUCAGCUAUUGCACCGCUCAAAUCAGCCAUCGACUCGCUGAAUUGAAAUCAGUCUUCUCCUAGCUGAAUUGAGCUAAACAAUGGCUGAUUAUAGCAAAGAAAUGGCUAGAUGAACCAAAAUGCGUGGAAGAUUAGAUGACUAAAAAGGCAGGCAUGAAAGAAGACUUGACGCGUGACAGAUAUUUAUAUAAAAUAAAAUAAAAUAUAAAUAUCUGUCACGCGAAAAUAAGCACACGUUAUGAAAACUUGAAUUUUAGUACAAAUCCAAAUUCUAUUUUAUUUACUUAUU